AUGGCAACGGCCAAGCCCAGCUCGCUUCCUUCCAACGCCUGUGCUGAGCCACCAAGAAAGUCUAGCCCGGAAUCUGUUCUCGUCGCAGUCGGUGGAUACGAGUCUACUGCUGACAACCAUUCCAAAACCCCGAAGCACGACCGACCGAAACUCCGCAGCGGUGAUACUACUGACGAUAUCCAACAAUGCAACAGCCAGUCCGAAGAAGUCAUGGAAGCCUGCUCCGAAAACAACAGUGCUGGAAAUGCGAACUAUCAGGACGAGGAAGCCGAAGAAGUAACCGAGGAUCUAGGCGAAGAGGAUCACGACACCAACGAACAAGAAUCCGAUGACGAUAUCACAUUUGAAGCUCCGAUGGAUCAUGUCAACAGAGCUAUCCAGGCUGCCACCGAAGCUGGGACGAAGAAUGAACCGUGCUUCGACUUGUCGACGGGUGUACCUCGGCAUAUCAGCGCAAGAUUUGGGGAUUCGGCCGUCUAUGUCAUUCCUUGGAUAGCGUGUUACUCAUGGGAGGUGGUCUUAGUGUUACUAAAGACGUAUUACCGCAACGACCACGAUGCACUGAACGACAUAAACUGGAACAACAUCAAUAUUCUGAAGCUAGACCAUGGCUUGAUCUCCUCUGAAACGUGGGACUCGGUUGUCCAACACGGAAUGCAGGUCGUAUUCUCGGUGCACUCCUCUCUCGUCCCAAAACAGCCUCCACUGGAUUACCGAGAUCAAUUGCGGUAUACCGUCACCUAUUUGGAAGUCAGUCCAAAAGACAGGAAUGGAUGUUUCGUUGACGAGCGUGCAUAUGACGCCCCAAUGGAGGUAGAUACUAUCCAUGGUGAUACAGCGAUGCCCGCACUGGAAGAAUUGAGGACCAUCCAGACCCCACGUUACCGGGCAAAUGAGAAGGACGCCGAUGCGCAAGCGAGAGCUAAGCUGGGGCCUCUCGAUCAAGUGAAAGAGAUUAGCCUGAAGAUCAAUUCGUCAUAUCUACUGAACAUACUCAAGUCGGUCAUCGAAUACGCGUCAGAAUCUCCUCAUGGAGAGGAGUUCGGUGUAGGUAUGGGCGAGUUCAACUACCCAUUCAAGGAUCUUUACCAUCACAUGGACGAUCUGAUAAGAUACCGGGCUGGUGAGAGCUACUUACGUGCUCAGCACCCCGCAGCUUUCAACGAGAGGGCAGACUGUCACAUUGACUUAAUUCUUGACUAUCUGAGCUUGCAGCGAGAUAUACCCUUCGAGAAAUAUGCCUCUGCCCGCCGCGAAAAGGUGUCAGUCACCACUUUCGCAUCAUGUUGGUUACUCCUAAAACCGGGUACUGAUGUGUAUGUGCGUGAAGAAGAUGGACUUAUGAACGCGUAUAUCGUGCAUGCAGUCAGCGGAGGCGUCACUCAGGUCGAUGGAAAAGCGAUCAAUCGCGACUACGAAGUAUCCGUAUGGAACCUGGCGUGUGAUGGAACACACGCAUUUCCCGAGGUUCGACAUGUACGUGUUCCAGUUUUCGACAACGAGAGGGAGGUGAAAAGUCUGCCCGUAUUUCCCGUUGAGUACAACGACAACUUCGACGACGGUAAACUCAAGCAGGAGUUGACAGAACGAGGCAAGAGGUAUCUCAAAUACACGAGCCAACCAAGCUUCUUGCAGUACUCUGGCCGGGGCUUAGCAAAGGGUGUAGAGUACAAACGAGCACGUGUUGUUGUUGCACACGAGAAGACGCCCUGGAUUUCUUGCGACUUGAGCGAUGCCCACCAUAGACCGAUGAAUUUCACAACCUACAUAAAAGCAUCUAUUCGCGUGGCAAGCUGCGAAUGCCACCAAUGUGAAGAGUUGAAGACAUCGCAAGAGACUCACGACAAGGAACGAUUCAGCGAUUAUUAUAUGAUUCAGCCAAAGAGCCCUGAUCUGAUCUCUGACCAUCAAUACAUGCUUAUGGCAUCGCAUGUUUAUGCCUUCAUGCUGAAAGAGCGCACUUAUGACUUGCUAGCUGUCGAAGGCUUGGAAGAGCCUGAGCUGGUCGAAACAGCGAUCGACAGACUGGUCAUAGAUCACAACAACAAAGAGUUGAUCAAGGCCAUGGCCCAGGUCUAUACAGAUAGCGACCCCGAUCGGUUCAGUGGGGACUUCAUACGUGGAAAAGGCGAGGGGCAGAUCAUACUGUUGCACGGGCCUCCUGGAACUGGCAAAACGCUCACAGCUGAAACCGUUGCAGAGUAUACGCGACGACCGCUCCUUAGCAUCACUGCAGCUGACUUGGGCCAUGAGCCUGAAGCGUUGGAAAGGAGUCUUCUCCGCUUCUUCAAAGAUGCUAGUGACUGGGGCGCUAUAGUGCUACUGGACGAAGCAGACGUGUAUCUCGAGCAGCGAACGAUACAUGACCUGAGACGGAACAGCAUCGUAUCAGGCAAGCUUUUCACCUCUGCAGCUCUCGAUUAUUUCGAAGGCAUAUUUUUCUUGACGACGAAUCGCGUUGGUCAAUUCGACGAGGCCUUUAUGUCGCGCAUCCAUCUCUCACUUGGGUAUGACAAGCUAACGAACGACUCGCGUGGCAAGAUAUGGGACAAUAUGUUCAGGAAGCUCCGCGAUGAUCACGAGCGUGGCGGACGAGAAAUACUCUACGAAUACGACGCAAAGAGCUAUGUCAAGAGCAGAGAGGUACAGGAGCUAGAGUGGAACGGACGCGAAAUUCGAAAUGCCUUCCAAACCGCCGUCGCCCUAGCGGUCUUUGAAGCCAAGAAGGACAAGAGUGGAAAGCCACCCAAGGUGACUGAGGGCCGCCUCAGACAAGUCGUGCAGAUGUCUUCGGCUUUCCGCAAAUACAUGACUGCUGCGCAUAACGGUAUGGACGAAUCGACAUGGGCUUUCAGACAUGGGAAUCGCGAGGACAAGUUUCCAAGCACACCAGCGAAGACCGCGACUUAA